AUGUGUAGAUACCAAACCUUUGUUUUUGUCAUUAUUUUACAUUUUUGUACAUAUGCUGUAUUGUGUUCCAGUGUUCAUUCAUCGUUUGGUUGCAUGCAACAUGAGAGAGAAGCUCUUGUUGAUUUCAAAGGAAGUUUCAAUGAUCCUUCAUAUAGACUUUCCUCUUGGGAAGGAAAUGAUUGUUGCAGAUGGAAAGGUAUUACUUGCAGCAACAUUACCGGACAUGUCGUCAACAUUGAUCUCAGAAAUCCAUGCUACCCACCAAGAGGACAAGAUUAUCCACCAAACUGUUCCUUCUCAAACUCUAAGCUUGAAGCUCAAUAUCUCCAUCCUUCUCUUUCAAAUUUCAAAUAUCUUUCUUAUUUGGACCUUAGCGGAAACAGUUUUAACUCAAGUUCGAUACCAUUGUGGUUCCAUUCUAUGAACCAUUUACAACACCUUUCUCUCUCUGAUUCCCAUUUUAAUGGCAUGAUUCCAAACAAUCUUGGAAACCUCACAAAGUUGACCUUUCUUGAUCUCAGUUUCAAUUCUUGGUUACACUCUGAUGACAUCUAUUGGCUUUCAAACCUUUCAUCGCUUCAGUAUCUUUACAUGAGUGAUGUUUUUCUCGAAAGGGCUCAAAAUUUAUUCCAGGUACUUCACAUGAUUCCUUCUUUGUUAGAAUUAGACUUGAUGAACUGCAGCUUAACCAAGAUGCAAAGUGAUUAUCAUCAAAUUGAUAGUUACUCAAAUUUUUCUAGCAUCGAGUCUCUUAAUCUUGCGGAUAAUAGACUCGAUGGUUCAGAUUUGAAUGUUUUUAGAAACAUGAGUGCUUCAAUUGAGUAUAUUGACCUUUCUAACAACAGUCUCAGUUCAGUUCCGUUUUGGUUGAGUAAUUGUGCCAAACUUAGUUAUCUUUAUCUUGAAAACAAUGCUCUUAAUGGCUCACUUCCACUCCCUCUUCAAAAUCUGUCUUCUCUGAUAAUGCUUGACCUUUCUCAAAACAAGUUUGAAUCUGUUCCAUUGUGGUUAGGUGGGUUAGAGAGUCUUUUGUAUCUGAAUCUUUCAUCGAAUCAUGUAAACCAUAUUGAGGGUUCUCUAACAUCAAUUCUAGGGACUAUGUGCCAUCUUCUGUCAUUGGAUUUGUCUCAAAAUAGAAUUCAAGGAGAUGCUCUUGCCGGUAAUUUACAAUCUUCAGGAUGCAAUGGAUUUGAUUUAGAGGAACUUGAUUUGAACAACAAUAAUUUCAAUGAUCAGCUGCCAACAUGGUUAGGACAACUUGAAAACCUGCAAAUCCUCACACUUCAUUCAAGUUUUUUUCAUGGUCCUAUUCCUCAUAUUUUGGGAAAAUUGUCAAGUUUGCAAUACUUAAGUCUUGCUAACAAUCACUUUAAUGGAUCUAUUCCAAACUCUUUAGGGAAACUGGAGAAUCUAACCAUUUUAGACAUUUCUAAUAACAACUUGUUAGGAGGUUUUCCUUGUAGUAUAACAACACUUGUCAAUCUUAAAUACUUGCUUCUCCACAAUAAUAAUUUGUCUGGGUCUCUUCCUGAUUGUAUAGGACAGUUUGUCAAUCUAAACACCUUGAUUAUUUCUUUCAAUCAUUUUAAUGGUGUUAUUCCUAGGAAUAUUGAGAACAUGGUUGGCCUAGUAAACCUUGAUGUUUCAGCAAAUUUUCUGAAUGGUACAAUCCCACCAAGUAUUGGUCAACUUUCAAAUUUGCACACCCUCUACCUUGGUAAAAAUAAUUUGCAAGGGAAAAUUCCUCUUACUUUUGGUAAACUUGUGAACCUGCAAAAUUUAGACCUGUCUCUCAACAAUUUGGAAAAUGUUUUUUCUGAAAUAAAAUUUCCUAAGUCAUUGGCCUAUGUGAACCUCACCAAUAACCAUAUCUCUGGAUCACUUCUCCAAAAUAUUGCUCUUAGAUUUCCUAAUCUUACUCACUUGCUUCUUGGAAACAACCUCAUUAAUGGUUCCAUACCAAAUUCAUUGUGCAAAAUAAACUCGUUGUACAAUCUUGACCUUUCAGGCAACAAUUUAGUUGGCAACAUUCCAAAUUGUUGGAGUGAAAGUAAAAGAUUGAAUGAGAUAAACCUAUCAUCUAACAAAUUAUCAGGUGUUGUUCCAAGCUCGUUCGGUGAUCUUUCCACUUUGGCGUGGUUACAUUUGAACAAUAAUAGUCUUGAAGGAGAGUUUCCAUCAUUCUUGAGGAAUUUAAAACAACUAUUAAUCUUAGAUAUGGGAGAAAAUCAAAUGUGCGGGAAUAUACCUUCAUGGAUUGGGGAUGUAUUCUCCUUAAUGCAAAUUCUCAGGUUGAAGAAAAACAAGUUUCAAGGUAACAUUCCAUCACAACUUUGUAAACUUCCAGCUUUGCAAAUAUUGGACCUUUCCAACAACAAGUUGACAGGUUCAAUACCUCAGUGCAUUGGAAAUUUUACAGCAAUGUUUCAAGGAUACAAACCGACGGCUGUUUCCUUAGCUCCCGGAGAGCCUAGGUAUUUGGAAUGGUAUGACCAAGAUGUCAGCCAAAUCAUUAAAGGAAGAGAAGAUCAUUAUACAAGAAAUUUGAAACUUGUGGCCAACAUGGAUUUAUCAAACAACAAUUUGAGUGGACUUAUUCCUAAAGGAAUAACUCUUCUUACAGGGUUGCAAGGCCUAAACCUGUCACACAAUCAUUUGUCAGGUGAAAUUCCUACAACCAUAGGAGACAUGAAGUCACUUGAAUCUUUGGACCUCUCUCAUGAUCAACUUUCAAGUUCAAUUCCACAAACAAUGUCUAGUCUAACUUUUCUAAGUGUACUAAACUUGUCCUACAACAACCUUUCCGGACCAAUUCCACAAGGAAACCAGUUUUUAACACUAAAUGAUCCUUCUAUUUAUGGUGGCAACAAAUUUCUUUGCGGUGCACCAUUGUCCAAUCAUUGUGAUGAUGAAAAUGAUAGAGAUGAAAGUGGAGAUGAAGAUGAAGAACAAGACAAGGCUGAGAAAUGGUUGUUUUACUUUGUGAUAGCACUAGGAUUUGGUAGUGGCUUUUGGGUUGUGAUUGGAGCUUUGUUGUUGAAGAAGGGUUGGAGGCAAGCUUACUUUAGAUGCAUUGAUGAGGCAGUGCAUAAGAUAAAUGAGACAUUUGGAAGAGAGUUAACAAAGUUAAAGAAAACAUGUAUGGGAAACCCUAUUGAUUAG